GGGAUGCUGCCCUUUUCCUUUGGAAAGUGCCAAGUCACAGGCAAAGCUCUAAGCCUCUCAGUUGCUUUGGGGUGCAGUAACAUUUCAGGGAAAUCUGCACGCCUAAGAAAAGUGGGAGAUUUAGUUGCAGCUGGAUUACCAAACCAGUGAUAAUCCUGGCGAAACAAUCAUGCCUCUGCAAAAUUAAAUUCCCAGGGUUACAAGAUCGAAUACGAACGUUGGCUCGUGCGUGCGGCCCACGGGUUUCGGACAUGCUGAGGAGCAGCCUGCUGUGCGCCGCGCUGGCGCUCCUGCGCGCCCAGCCCUUCCCCUGCCCGCCCGCGUGCAGGUGUGCGGUCCGCGACGCGGCGCAGUGCUCCGGCGGCGACGUGGCGCGCGUGGCCGCCCUCCGCCUGCCCACCAACCUCACGCACAUCCUGCUUUUCCAAAUGGGCCGCGGCACCUUGCAGAAUCACAGCUUCAGUGGCAUGACGGUCCUGCAGCGCCUGAUCCUGUCAGACAGCCACGUUUCCGCCAUCGCCCCCGGCACCUUCGAUGACCUGAUAAAACUAAAAACCCUGAGGCUGUCGCGCAACAAGAUCACUCAUCUCCCAGCCGCGCUCUUGGAUAAGAUGGUUCUCUUGGAACAGUUGUUUCUGGACCACAAUGAACUCGUUUUUCUUCCCGAGAGACUCUUCACGCAUCUGUGGAACCUGAGAGUGUUGGAUUUAUCGGGAAACAAUUUGACUCACCUGCCCGAGGGACUGUUUGGAGCACAGGCUAAGCUUGAGAAACUCAUGCUCCACUCGAACCAGCUCGUCUCUCUGGACUCGGGGCUACUGAGCAACCUGCGCGCCCUGACGGAGCUGCGACUCGACAAAAACCGCAUCCGUUCCGUCGCGCCCGGGGUCUUCGACCGGCUCCGCAACCUGAGCUCGUUGACUCUUUCCAGAAACCAGCUCCAGUUCCUGCCUUCUGCACUCUUCCUUCAUUUGCACAACUUGACCUUCUUGACGUUGUUCGAGAACCCGCUGGAGGAGCUCCCGGGGGUGCUCUUCGGGAGGAUGGCCGGCUUGCGGGAGUUGAAGCUGAGCGGCACCCAGCUGCGCACCCUGCCCGACGCCGUCUUCCGCAACCUGAGCCGCUUGCAGGCGUUGGAGGUGACCCUGAGCCCGCGUCUGGGCGCGCUCCCGGAGGGCGCCUUCCGGGGCCUCGGCGAGCUCCAGGUGCUCGACCUGCAGGCCAACAGCCUGGCCUCCCUCCCCGACGGCCUGCUGCGCGGCCUCAGCCAGCUGCGGCAAGUGUCACUGAGCCACAACAGGCUGCGCGCCCUGCCCCGCGGACUCUUCCGCGACCUCCGUAGCCUGGAGGAGGUCCUGCUCGAGCACAACGAGCUGGAGACCCUGCCCGAUGACGUGUUUGGAGCGCUGCCCCGGCUGACGAAGGUCCUGCUGGGGCACAAUCCCUGGCGCUGUGACUGUAGCCUGCGGCCGUUCCUGGCGUGGCUGCGACAGCACCCGGGCCUCGUGAGCCGAACGGAAAUGCCGCCGCGGUGCCGCCACCCAGGGCAGCCUGCUGGCCUGCUGCUGCAGGCUCUGCAGGACGGCGAUCUGGGGUGCCCGAGCACUGGGGUCCCGCCUCCUCCCUCUCCCGCCCCCACCCGGCCGGCCCUGCCCUCCGCCCGAGGCCCCCCAGCCUUGGCGCCUAACAGCUCAGGACCCUGGGCGUGGGCCCAGCCGGUGGCCGAGGGCCAGCGUCAAGACCACAGCCUGUUCUGGGGUCUUUAUUUGCUGCUCUUAGGCAUUCAGGCUGUAAUAACAGGGAUCAUUGUGUUUGCUAUGAUUAAACUCGGCUGGCUCUUUCGAAAAUUAAUCAGAGAGGGAGCUCUCGUCUGAGUCAAAGAAAAACCUUGCAAGUAAUUAAAACGUGACCAGAGUAUUGUUAAUGUGGCUCUGGGAGAAUCCAGACAAGCUGCAGUUGUCUUCUCUUCCCCUUCCCCUGCCGCCCUCCCCUUCCCCCUCAAUCCCCUCUUUCCUCCUCCUCCUCCUCCCCCCUCCCCUUUCACAGAAUGACCCUUACGUUUGUAAAUUGUAACUGCUUGGCUUCAUCCUGCUUCACUGCGCGGUCCUGCGGAGGUGGACUGUGUUUACCUCAUCCUCGUGUGCCCCGUACCCGGUGCAGAGGGGUCUCUGCAAAGUUUACUGAGGAAGGGUGCGAAUGAGCCAGCCAACGCCAGGCCAGGCCGGUUCCUGCACGUCGUCGGUGUCUGGCGCGUGUGCAGUAGAUGAAUAAAAUGAAUACACAUGAUCCAAGUGAUGGCGACUUUUCCUGGGGGAAGGAUUGAUUGUCCUCUUGAUCUACUGUUUGAAAAGCAGAACUCUGUCAGCUCUUCUUUCCCUUGUCUCCCCCGCCCCCUUACUUUUUGUAUCUCUGUGGGUUAUUUGGGAGGGCGGGACUCCAUUCGCUGAGCGCGUAUUUUCAGAGUAAGCCUACCCUGUGUUAGGCUGGGAGAAAGGAGCACGGGGCCUUCCCUCCCGGCGCUCAGCGCUCGGUGGGUGACGGAAGCCAGGACGCCGGGACCGUGCGGUUAGGGCUGAGUGCCCAGGAGCAGGAGGAGGAGCCGCGGGAAGGGUGGGUGGAGCAGAGAUUUGAGAAAGAAGUGGGAGCUCCCCAGGAGGUCGAAGAGUGUGUGUGUGUGUCCCUUGUGUGUGCGGGUUGGGGGAGGGGACAUUGAUUCAGAGAGUCCCUGUGUGUGUGCAUGCAAAGACUCUGAAACUGCUAUGAGAGAGAAGUGUAUCUUUGACACUGAGUUGGUUUUCAUUUUCUGGCACUAAAUGCUACCUCAUUUCACAAGCAUUUAUGGAGCACCUAACAUGUGACAGGUAUUCAUGAAUGUAAUGGCAAGCUUGGUUUCUAGUUUAUUAAGGUUGAUCAUGUUCUCACUUAUUCGUCCAAGUGAAACACAGCACAACCCCUGUUGCUUUCAAUGGAUGUCUGUCCUUAUGAGCAGCCGUGGUUAAAACAUGGGCUGGAGAGUUAACAACCAUGGGUUCAAAUCCCAGCUCCACCACUUACUAACUGCAUAGGACUUUGGGCAAGACACUUAAAUUCCCCUAAGCCUGGGUUUCCUCAUCCCUGGAAAGGGAUAAAGAGUACUUGCUUCAGAGAGUUGUGAGAAUUAGAGGCAAUAAAGCAUGUGAUAACAGCCCAGCGCCCUGUGAACAGUAAAUGCUCAAUGUUAGCUCUUAUUAAAGGGCAAGCAAUUACCUGUACUACUGCUGUCCUGACUUCUAAAGAAGAGCUCUGAGUUGUUUUUUCUUCUCUGGGUAUAUAAAGGCGAGAGCAAACUUUCUCAAACUGAAGGUUACCUUCAAACCAGUUUGUCUUCAUGUGUGGGUGGUCUCGAGCCUGUGUGCCUAGGCUCUGUGCUCAGAGUCCAGAGCAAUGAUCCUCGGAACAACACCAACAGGACGCGGAGCAGGAAUUGCUGGCUUCCUGGAAUUUGGGCAUUGUCAGGGCACUUCUCCUUCAAGGCCAAAUUUGAACGUCUCCUGUUAAAGCCUCUCCUGGCUGCCCAGGCAGCCUACAGUGUUCCCUGCCACGAGCCCCCUCGCAGGCUCUGGGGCAUGAGGCACCCUCCUCGCCCCAUCUGCUCCUGGUCACCCUUCACUCUGGUAUGUGUAUAUGUUCAUGUGCCUCCUUGUCUUAUUUAUUUCCACAGCUCCAACUUUUGUGACCACCUGCAGCAUAAAACCCAGACUUUUUUGAUGCACUGCCCUCUCCAGUCCUAACCGCUGUGCUCUCAGGCGAGCGACCUUACUCUGUAAGCCUCCAUUUCCUCACCGGUGGAGUGAGAAUAAUGAUGGUCCUUGCCAUGGCUGCAAGGGCAGAAUGAAACAAUCCAGGCCAGGUAGUUAAGUCAGUGGUGCAAGUGGGACUCAAGAGAAGUUGGCUAUUAUUAUGAUUAGCUCUUUUGAACACGCCACGUUCGAACAUGUCUCAUUGCCAUUGCCAUGUUCUUUCAUUCAGCAAAUAUUUGUUGAGUACCUGCUCUGAACCAGGCCGUCUUCUAAGUGCGGGAUAAGCAGUGGUUAAAACAAAGUACACACUUCCAUUGGGUUUACAUUUUGGUGUCCCCUCAAUGGAAACAUCUUCCCUGAACUCCUGGCCAUUAUCUUUAAACAUUCAGAGAAGUAAGGAGAACAACUUGAACACCUGAACCCACUUUAUAAAAUCUGUAUACUUUGCUCUAUUUGCU